AUGGGGCGAGGAACUAUUCCAUCUACUAAUCAGAUGACUGGUUUUGAGUCGGGUCUACAUGGCCAGAACACAGGUAAUGAAAACGUUGCACAACCUAAUAUCCAACCAGCGGUAUCAGCUUCGGAGAACACAGCCAAUGCUGGCGUCCAAUAUGUAGCAGCGCCGUACUGGGACGACGAAAUUCAGAAUCUUCGUAAUCCUGGUACAGGCGGGGCACCUCCAACCAGAUUUUAUCAUUCUGACAUGAUAUCCUCACUUGGGGCUGCUUCACAAAGGCAUGCGGCCUCCAGUCAAUUGCCAUCUUCCAGCAAUUAUGGAUUCACUGGAGUUUCUGCAGAUGAACAUGGAAGGGACGGCAGUCACUCUUUGGAUAAUACCCGGAGUCUAUGCGAGAUAAGAUAUUCUGAACGAAUUUCUGGGACCAUCCAACAUAGUAACUCAUCUUCAGGCUCUAGUUCUUCAGCUGGCCCCUCGAAUACAAGGCAUCCUGAUGCUGAUAGAGUUGCUGUGAUGGACUCUGCAUCUUUUGCUCUGCCUCAAUAUUACAGAGAAAUCGGUGAUCCAUCAUUCAUGGAAGGACUCUCGAGUAGGCACUUGAGAUACAGAUCAGGCGCUACUGAAAUGAAUCAUCUUAUGGUGAAUGAACAUACUCAUUUGAUUCCAGGAAAUUAUAUGGUUCUGCAUUUUCAGCCAGCUAGUACUCUCCGACCGGACCGACAGUUGAGCAGUAAUUCUGCCCACGAAGGUACUUCAGCCACGAACCAGACUCCUGCAACACCUUCUAUUAAUGGCAGCAAUUCCAUUGAAGGUUCUAUGGGGACUUGGAGUUUGCAGGGUGUACGAAGAUAUCAUCACACAGCUAGCAGUAGAGGUACCCUUGGUUUCCUCAACAGGCAGCGCCCCGAUCAUCUGAGCCCACAAAUGCAAGAAUUGAGAGGCCAAAAUACUAACUCUCACCUGUAUAGUUUCCAUCAUCUUCAUCCUUCCAUCAACAAUUGGUGCCACGAUUGUCAUGAUUAUCAUUAUUAUUAUCCUUUGAUCCCACAAAUGCAAGGAGUGAGAGACCAAAAUAUUUACUCUCACCAGAAUAGUUUCCGUCAUCUUCAUCCUUCCACCAACAAUUGGCACCACGAUCAUCACCAUAUGAUCCCACAAAUGCGAGGAGUGAGAGGCCAAAAUAUUUACUCUCACCAGCAGGUAGCUGCAGCUUCAAGUAGAGUUGCUACGAAUUCUUCAGGAAGCACUCUAAGGCCUGCUCGGAACAAUUUGGAGAUGGUUCUCAGGCAUCGCGGAUCUAUUCCGCCAACUAGGCCUCAGACAUACUGUCCUCAUAGAAGGGAAAUCCCGCCUGAGACAACUCUUAGACAUAGCAGCCGACCACCCAUGAGAGUUCUGCCAGCUGAUGAAACUGUUAUACUUGAUUUGCUAGUGCUGCAACAAUUAUAUCAACUGAGGAACUUGACUGACUCUAGCAAUGAGGAGUUGUUUGCAUUGAUGGAAGAGGACUCCGAUGAAGAGGACGAGUUGUCGGAGGAAACUAUCGCUAGACAGUUGAGGACAAGAACUAAUGUAUCAUCUGCUCCUAUUAUCAAUCCGGGGGAGACUGCUUCUGUGCAUCAGGAAGCCGAAUCUUGCAUUAUAUGCCAGCAUGAAUACAAGGAUCAAGAGCAGAUUGCAACCCUUGAUUGUGGGCACGAGUAUCAUGCACAUUGCUUAAAGAAGUGGGUGCGCGUGAGGAAUGUCUGCCCAAUGUGCAAAUCUACAGCACUGAACACACGAAGGAAUGAGUUAUAAAUGUUAAAAAUGGGGAGAUGGUUUGAAAGAUUUUCACUGUAAAGCUAGCUGCCUCAUCAAGUUGAGAUCCUGUUUCAUAUGUUAGCAUGGAGGAGUAACAGUUGCAUGUCCAACUCAUUUAUAUGCUGGUUUCUGGAA